AUGACCAUUUCUUGGGAACCUUUUAGCCUUUUCCUUGUGUCCGAUUAUCUCCAAUGGUAUGAUUCACAACUUUUGAGUCAGAUGUUCGAUUAUUUUCUUAUUCAGUACGGCGCAGACGUGAGUUCCAAAAGUUUACGUGGUCAAGGGGCGCUUGAUCUGGUGUUGAGAUCAGGCCCGCGGUUCCCGAAUCGCUGGUGGUACGAGCGUGUAAGGCAACAACUACUAGCCAAGCUAGGCUUGCUACUAGAAGCAGGCUGCGACCCCAGGAUUAAGCUCCGUUUUUCAAAGACCGACGUCGAACCCAGGGAGUGGUGCUGGUGGAAGGCUCUGGAUACCGAGAAGAAGCGCAGGAGCUUGUUACCACCCCAAGAAACCCAGCAUCUUCCACCUCUCCCAUGA